ACCGUCCAUGUACUCGUGGGAGCGGGGCUGCCGCGGGAGGAGGAAGAUGGCGGCGGGGGCGAGGUGAGGUGUUGGCAGCGGAGAGGGGUCCGGGCUCGGGGGUGGGGGGACGCGCAGCGAUGGCCCGCGCCGGUCGCCGGGACGGAUAAGACGCCGUGGCGCCGCGGGUGCGGGCGGGAGGGAGGGGAAGGGGCCCGAGCGCCGCAGGAGUAUGACGGGGCUGUACGAGCUGGUGUGGCGGGUGCUGCACGCGCUGCUCUGCCUGCACCGCACGCUCGCGUCCUGGCUCCGCGUUCGCUUCGGCACCUGGCACUGGAUCUGGCGGCGCUGCUGUCGCGCCGCCACCGCCGCGGUCCUAGCGCCGCUCGGCUUCACGCUCCGCAAGCGCCCCGCCGGCGGCAGACAGCGCCGGCACCUGCGGGCCCCGCGCGGGACGCCGCGUCCGGCCGCCGCCCACCCCCGGCUGCGCUGGCGCGCCGACGGCCGGGCCCUGGACAAGCUGCCGGUGCACAUGGGCUUGGUGGUCACCGAGGAGGAACAGGAGCCCAGCUUCACGGACAUCGCGAGCCUCGUGGUGUGGUGCAUGGCCGUGGGCAUCUCCUACAUCAGCGUCUACGACCACCAAGGUAUUUUCAAAAGAAAUAAUUCCAGACUGAUGGAUGAAAUUUUAAAACAACAGCAGGAACUUCUGGGCCUGGAUUGUUCCAAAUACUCACCAGAAUUUGCAAAUAGUAAUGACAAAGAUGAUCAAGUUUUAAAUUGCCAUUCAGCAGUGAAGGUGCUGUCUCCAGAAGAUGGAAAAGCAGAUAUCGUGAGAGCUGCUCAGGACUUUUGCCAGUUAGUAGCCCAGCAGCAAAAGAAAUCCACAGAUUUGGAUGUAGAUAUGUUAGACAGUUUACUUAGUUCAAAUGGUUUCCCUGAUCCUGAUUUAGUGUUGAAGUUUGGUCCUGUGGACAGCACAUUAGGCUUUCUUCCCUGGCACAUCAGAUUGACUGAGAUUAUCUCUUUGCCUUCCCACCUAAACAUCAGUUAUGAGGACUUUUUCUCUGCUCUUCGUCAAUAUGCAGCCUGCGAACAACGUCUGGGGAAGUAGUUGUCCCCGAUUGUGUAAUAGGACUUCAGGCCUUUGGAGAAAAGGACCCAAGUGACUCUGAUGUUUACAGAACAUUCACGAAAUCCUAUACGCACCUAGUUCAUACCCUCAUAAUUUAUCAACAAAUACAAAAAGUGUCUUACUUGAGAAUGAGUGAGUGUGCGCGUGUGUGUGUGUGCGUGCGUGCACGAGUGUAUGUAUGGAAAUAAACUUAUAAAUGGGGGAAGUAUUGGAGAAGGAAAUACAAGACCUGCAACUUUGAGCAAAUAGCAAUGAUGUUUUAGGAACUGGAAUUCCAGACGUGAGGACUUCAGCCUCUACUACUCCCCUGUUUUUGUGGGGAACGGUGAGGGUGAUUAGAAUAGUCUUGGUUGUUAAGAAAAGUGUCAUUUUUGCUCAAUAUUUCCUAGUGACCAAACUUUUUAAUUUUAAUACUGAUAUGUUGAUUUUAUGAAGUAGAAGUGUUCCAAAUUUGAGAGUACUUCAGAGGAAUGGAGUCCUCUGUUGCUGACAUGAUAAAACCUUUCUCACCUUCAAAGCGGAGGGAAUACCUACGUUCAUAUAUCCGUCCAUUUUCAUUUCUUUCUUCAUUAUCAGACAGCGCGACCUAAGAGUGUCCUGUGGCGUCUGUUAUCCGAUGUCUGAGUUGUGAAGAUCAUUUGAAACAGAACUCCACAUAUAUACUGAAAAAUACAAAACUUUAGGCCUUCAAAUAUUUAACUAGGCAAUCUAAAAAGCUGAAUAAGUUGUAAUAUUACAGUGAAGAUAGAAAAUUUUCUUAAAAAUGAAAGCAAUUUUGAUUUCCUUUUUUUGUUGACAGGUAGCAUUUGAACUAGCACCCCAGAGCUAGUUUUAAAAGUAUUUCCAUUAGCUUUUUUAUUUAAAAUAAGCAUUUGAGGAAAGUUAUGAAGCAGCUCUUUUCCUCAAAAGUAACCUAUUUCUCUGUGGAAUAACACUCAGAAUUUUAUUCAGUAAAUCCCAAUGGUGACUUUGCAUAAAAGACCUUUAAAUAGCAUUGAGACCUACAUGGGGAAGAAAAUAUUACCAAAGUCUACAAAAAUAGCUUACUAUUGCACAUUGUCUUAUAAUAGAGAACAGCACUGGUUCUGUUGUUUCUGAAAUGAAUAAAUGAUUUCUUGAUCGGUGUUUAAUAUUUCUCCCUCACUGCUGAUUCCCAGUGAGAAAUCACUAUUUGCAUUUGGUUUACUCUUCAGAAAACUCUCUUGUCAGCACAUGUGCAACUGAUUUUCCAAAAUUGUACAUUUUGAAUGGAGUAGUAUAAAUGCAAGGUCUCUGAAAUCUAAAAAAGUAGCAAAGAAGACUGGAAUUUGGAAGCAUGGUCUGGAUUUGCUUGAAUUCUAAAACUAUGAAGAAUACAUAUUUCAAGUUUAUAUUACAGAACCCCAUUUAUGAUUUUAAGAAUACACUUGAAAUAAAAGUGAUUAAACUGAAUUUUGGUCCAGUGAUGUUACUUUAUAUUUCAUAGUCUUUUUUUUUUUACACUGUAAGACCUUUUUUAAAUUCUUAAUUUAUUGCAAAAGUUUUGUGUAAAGCUACAGCAUAUCUAAACUUUGUCAGAAAUGUUUUUAUUUCUGUUCCCCUAGAUUGUGGUCCAUCACGUAUUGGUAUAUAUAUAUACAUAUAUAUUAGUUUAGUUUAAGGCUGAGUUUAUGUGUUCUGUAAAACAUGAUAGAUAUUAAUGUUUCGUAAACAUUCUGGAAUUUAUGCAACUUUAAUGAAUUAAGUUUAGUGGGGCUAAUUGAAGUGAAAGGGUUUUAAUAUUUAUCAAAACUAAAUUUUUAGUCAAAUGAAUUAUUGGGUUAUAGUGCAAGUUUCUAAAGGUUUAUAGGAUAUAGUACAUGUUUCUAAAACAUGUUCUUUCAUAACAUUAUAGACAUUCAGGUACAUCAAUAGCCCUGGUUCUGAGUCUCGUUGCCCUAGAACAAGACCCUAAAACAAUUUGCUGUGGGUUCUGAAUUCAAACCUAGGUGUUUCAAAACCUUUUCCUAUGGGCACAGCUGCCAGUACAAUCUGCUGUUGGAACGGCCUUGGUCAUUCUACAGUUCUUGCCGAAUCAUCACAGACUUCAUUGUCAAGCCUCCCUUUGCACUCUUCAGAAGAACUGAUGAUUUUCAAGAGAAGCGUUGUAUCUUCUUGUGUACUGGAGGAUGUUGUCGUAAAUGGUUCCUUCUCGACAAUCCCCACAAUGGACAAAUCACCAGGUUAUACCUAUUCUGUGUUUGGCAGCUUGUUGUGUAGCAGGAGGUUGGAGGGUUUGAACUUCUUUCCAAUUCUGGUUGUAUUGCAUUGCUUAAAAUUAAUUGAAUACUGUUUAGAAAGUUUAAAGGCUGGCUUUUAAUGUGAAUAACAAAUUCUGGCAUAUUGUGACUAAGACAAGAGUGCCCAUUUCUGAGAGGAAAACAUUAAUGAACAGUGCCAAAAUCACUGUGGAUGACUAUAAUCUCUGAAUGUAUAUUAAUUAAUUCCCUAUUUCUGUGUGAUGGUACCAUGCAUAGAGUCAGUAAAAUCCUUGUGAUAUUUUAUAUGGCUGUAGACUUUGGCAACAUGUAAAUAAUGUGUACAGUGAGUUUUUAUGAUUAAGGAAUAAACUUUACUGAGUUUUAUUGAAAAUUGAAAUAACAUGUAUGAACACAAAACAAUAAAAAUAUACUCUUUUCAUGGACUAUAGUAUUAUGUGAAUGCCACUUUUAUUCUGAACAUGUAGGGCCUGUGUUACUGUCAUGAAAACCUCCUGUGGGUAGACAGCAAUGCUGUGUUAUAGGUAGUAUACCCUUUUCACCGGCUUAAACAUACUUGAUACCCAUUUGCUUUUGUGAAGAUAAUAGUAGAAAGUUCAGUUUUGCCAUUAUAAUUGUCAAAAUUCUACACUAAUUAAAAUCUGAAUUGAUUUUCACUGCACACAAAAUUGCCAAAUUAACCAUGUAUGUAUGUAUUCCUUCAAAAUGCAUUUGUAGUUCCUCAAACUGGAAAAUUGAAAGAUAACAUGUGAUUUGUUUUAGGGUGCAAACAGUAAUCUAAGAGCACAUUUUAAAUGCCUCAACAUAAAUUACUAAGAAGUUUAGGACGGUCUGAAGUAAAGCCAAGGAAAUAAGAUUUGUGUGAAUAGUGGUCCCAGAUCCUUGCUGAUAGGCCAUAAACUGUAGUAAGAUCAAAAGAACAGAAAGAGCAAAAAGAAUUGGUUCAUGUUUUGAAAAAUACAUAUGCAAUAGAGGAAGGAGAUUCAGAAAAACAAAUUUAAGAAAACCUCAUUGAUUGUAUUUUUGCUGAACAGUCCUUACAGAUUUUUUUUUGUACUUGAAUUAUUUU